UCAUUUUAUUAUUUUUAUUUAUAUUAAUUAUUACAUAAAAAAUUAUUUUAAAGAGAUCAUUAAAAAUAUAUAUAGUAAAUAAAAAAUUUUAAAAAUUCUGUGACACAGGUUGGAAGCAACACGUAAGCGAGGUUUACAUUCAAUUCGAACUUGCUUCUAGCACCUAUAAAUUCUGUCACACACGACACCGGACUCGGAGAGACUUGCCUUAUUAGACGCCAUGGGAGAAGAACAUGUUGAUCAUCAGACACCAUUGUUGCAUAAGCAACAGCCACAGGAUGCUGUCAUUAACAGAACUGGGACUGUAUGGACCGCGGUGGCACAUAUAAUAACUGGGGUCAUAGGGGCAGGGGUGCUGUCUCUGGCAUGGAGCAUGGCUCAACUGGGGUGGAUUGCAGGACCCUUGGCUACGCUGCUCUUUGCAUCUAUCGUUUUCAUUUCCUCUUUUCUUCUCUGGAACUGCUACAGAACUCCUGAUCCUGAGCUUGGACCCGUCCGAAAUCGCUCCUACAUAGAGGCUGUGGACAUGAAUUUAGGGAAAAAGAAUGCAAGGGUGUGCAGCAUUUUCGUGCAAGUAGGCUUGUAUGGUAUGGGAAUAGCAUAUACAAUUACAUCUGCUAUUAGCAUGAGAGCAAUUCAAAAAUCAAACUGUUACCACACACAAGGGCAUAAGGCUGCAUGUUAUUAUGAAGAUACUUACUAUAUGCUAGCUUUCGGAGUUGUUCAAUUAAUACUGUCUCAGAUACCUAAUUUUCACAACAUUCACUGGCUGUCGGUAGUUGCUGCAAUCAUGUCCUUCGCUUAUGCUUUCAUUGGACUUGGACUUGGCAUUGCUAAAGUUAUUGGAAAUGGUUAUGUUAAGGGUACCAUUCGAGGAAUCUCAACAUCGACUACUGCUGAGAAAAUCUGGCUGGUAUCUCAAGCACUUGGAGACAUAGCAUUUUCCUAUCCAUACUCCCUAAUUCUUAUUGAGAUUCAGGACACUUUAAAGUCACCUCCUCAUGAAAGUCAGACCAUGGAGAAAGCCUCAAUAAUAGCAAUAUCUGCUACGACUUUUUUCUACCUCUGCUGUGGAGGACUUGGAUAUGCAGCCUUCGGAGAUGAUACACCAGGGAACAUCUUGACAGGUUUCGGAUUCUACGAGCCAUAUUGGCUCAUCGACUUUGCUAAUGCAUGCAUUGUGCUUCAUCUAAUUGGAGGAUAUCAGCUUUACAGUCAGCCACUAUUUGCAAAUGUUGAAAAAUGGAUCUCUGGGAAAUUUCCUGACAGUGGAUUCAUACACAAGGAUUUCAACUUGAAACUCCCACUUUUACCGGCUUUUCGGUUAAAUUUUCUCAGACUAUGUUUCCGGACUGUUUUUGUUGCUUCUACAACAACAAUUGGCAUGUUAUUUCCAUAUUUCAACCAAGUUUUGGGAGUGAUAGGAGGCUUCUAUUUUUGGCCUCUAUCAAUAUAUUUUCCAGUGCAGAUGUACGUUAAGCAGAGAAAUAUCGAAGCCUGGUCAAGAAAGUGGGUGGUGCUUCAAAGUUUUAGCAUUUUUUGCUUGCCCCUCACAUUGUUUGCCAUGGUCGGGUCGAUUGAAGGGCUUAUAAGUGCCAAUGCCAAAAUAAGUUAAGGAACUUGAUCGUCUCCGGUCAUGAGAAAGACAAGACACAUAUGCAUGGAAAUGCUGUUGAUUUUACUUGUAUCCGAAAUUUAUGCGACAGGCCUUGUACUUUUCAGGAGCUUGGAAAACCUGGUAUUGGAGUUAUAGUGUUGGAGUGAAAUAAACUUCUGAUAUUGUCAUCUUUCAGAAUUCAAUAGUGCAUGCCACCACUGUAAGACGACAGGCAUUUGCUAUGUGAACCCGUAGUCUCUGGAAAUGAUGAAAUUUCCUUGUCAACAUGACGGAGACUGUGUGGAUCCGCUGGUUCUCUCUUCAUCAAUCUCUCCUUUGGAUCUUAGCAACUCCGAAAGGGUUAGUUCCUUGUGUUUCAACUUUGAAAACAGCACGAGUAUAGGACAUAUAGUUUCAAAGUUCAUCCUAUGUUUCGAUGGGGAUACAAAGACAUGUGUUGUACGUAAAUUAACAGCUAUACCAAGUACUUUAAAAGUUCUGACAGUUGUAUCGGUAGUUAGGCAGCAGCAACAAGAAAAUCCCAACAGGAACAUGGAUCCUUACAAACUCACUCAUGACCAUCCAACUCGUGGGGGUAAUUUAAGAUAAAGAUGAUGAUUGUGUGCAAGAAAAGUGCUGAUGAGUCACACGUGCAAGAAAACAACCUUAAUCUGCAACUCUAAGGUGGUUUUGUGUGAGCAAAGCGGAAAGCCAACGAACACAUGCAUAACCCCAAAGGCAGUCAAUAUGGGGGAGAGA